AUGAACCAAGCCAAAUGCUGUAUUCUGCAAGCAAUGCCGUUCAGGAACUCGCACGCUUUCCUGUUGCCUCACUUGCAUCGGUCAUGGAAGACGAGAAUCGACCUCACGGUUGCUCCUGUGACAGAUCCUCCAAACACAUUCAAGUUCUUCCUCACGCUCAGGAACAUUCUGCUACCGCUCUGGAGGCCACCCUUUUUUGAGCUCGGACACAUCAUAACACGCUACUUUUCCUUUUCUAGCCCUUCACUCUCUGUUGAUGAUAAGUUGCUUUCGUUCACUCUUAAGGUAUCUUCUUCAUCGACCGCCUGGGCUUUGACACGCUACUCCAAGACACUCCGAAUUGCAUUGAUGUAUAUGAUAAUCCAGGGCAUUCAUGAAUGUGUCAAAUUCAAGGAAUAUUAUCAGCCAUCUGAGCUCGGACACGCUCCUUCUACUUUCCUUGUGUGGAAUGUGGUCUAUCGGCUGUCGUGCUCAGAUCCAGACACGCCGUUCAUGUACUACCUCGUCGUGCUAUUUGGCGGGAUUGAAACAGAUCGUUCCAAGAGCCCUAAUGCACAUCUGACACAUGAUUGCAACGUUACUCUGAUCAAAAUGAAUGGAGAAGAAUUUGUGGACUUCCUUAUAUCACCUAUCUGGACUCGGCAGAUCGCAAGGAUCCUUCGAUGCACGGUUUGGGCAGUGUGCUGUCUGGAGGAGUGGGACACUUGGUGCUCCUCACAGAGUGACUGUGAUCAAUGUAUGAGGAAGCCAAGCCAGAAUGGCAAUUGUGUGAAUCCUCACCGGUUAAGGUGGAGAAUGGUGACCGUUUGA